CCAUCUUGACAGAAGUUUGGAGACUAAAUAGGCUUUAGGAUAUCAGUAUGGCUUCACCAAGGGCAAGUCAUGCUUGACAAACUUAGAGGCCUUUAAUGAUUGAGGUACAGCGUCAACAGAUGAAGGAAGAACACCUGGACUUGUGCAAAGUGUUUGACACUGCCCUGCAUGACAACCUGGUCACCAUAUGGGAGAAAAAUGGAUUUGUUGGAAUGGCUGCUCGCUGGAUAAGGAAUUGGCUGGAUGGCCUCGCUCAGAGUUGCAGUCAAUGGCUCAGUGUCUGAGCGGGACCAAUGAUGAGUGGCAUUCCUCAAGGAUUGGCGCUGGGACUGGUGUUAUUUAAUGUCUUUGUAGGCGAUGUGAACAGUGGGAUUGAGUGCAUCCUCAGCAAGUUUGCAGAUGGCAUUGAGCUGAGUGGUGCAGUUGACAUGCUGGAGCGAAGGGAUGCUAUUCAGAGAGGCCUGGACAGGCCUGAGAGAUGAGCUCGUGCCAGUGUUAUGAAGUUCAACAAGACCAAGUGCAAGAGCAAUUCCAAGCACAGAUACAGGUUGGGCAGAAAAUGACUUGAAAGCAGCCCUGAGGAGGAGGAUGUGAGCCAGUGAUGUGUGCUUACAGCCCAGAAGGCCAACCGUAUCUUGGGUUGCAUUAUGAGAAGUGUGGCCAUCAGGUCGAAGGGGGUGAUUUUCCUCCCUUACUCUGCAGCAGUAGUGUCCAGUUCUGGAGCCCCCAACACAAGCAGGUGGUUGAACUGUUGGAGUGGCCACGACGAUGAUCAAAGGGCUGGAGCACCUCCCCUAUGAGGAGAUGCUGAGAGAGCUGGGAUUUUUCAGCCUGGAGAAGAGAAGGCUGCAGCGGGAGCUUUUAGUGGCCUACAAGGAAGAUGAGGAACUUUUAUAAGGGCAUGUAGCAAAAGAAGAAGGAUUUUAAACUGGAAGAGGGUAGAUUUAGACUAGAUAUCAGGAAGAAAUUAUUUACUGUGAGGGUGGUGAGAUACUGGAUCGGGUUACCCAGCAAGGUUGUGGGUGCCCCCUCCACAGAAGUGUUCAGGGCUGGGCUGUGAGCAACCUGGUGUAGAGGGAGGUGUCCCUGCCUAGAGCAGGGGCUUGGAACUUAAUGAUCUUAAAGGUCCCUUCGAACCCAAAGCAUUCUGCGAUACGGUGUUUUGGUAGAACAAUUGAUGUUCACUGUAGUUUGAGAGCACACAGUCUGUUAUUGUUCUGGGUUGCCUUCGUUCCUGGCAGUCACUCUGGUGUAGCAGCAUAGAGAGGAUACAAAAGGAACGCUGAUGUUGAAGAUUUAACUUAUUGAUAUGGACCACGUGAUAAUCACUAUGCCCUCUGCAAGCUGUUCCUGGAAGGAAUUGGAGUAUAAUAAACAGUGCUACCUGUUCUGUGUCCUCUGCACUAAAAGGAAUUCUGAGGAACAAUUUGAGGAUGUACCUUCAGAGCCACCCAAGUAUCUGACCUGAUGGAAUAUGCUGGACCCUCUGGGGUGUGUUGCACACUAGCCUUUGCAGUGGAGGCUGUCACAAAUAGGUAUUGGAAAACCUGGAGAAGUAUGAUGCUGUUCCAAUCCAGUCUAGUGUGGUGUUAUGUUCCUGUCCAUCCCCAUCAAUGGUGAGGAACCAAGCAGAUUCCAGCACUCCAUCUGUCAUUUCCACCUGUGGCAGCAGGCACGGAUCUAACAUGGAGGGCACCGCAGCUGAAUCAAGAUCUAGUUCAAACUCCUUGCCACAACAUACAGGACAGCAGCCUCCACAGCCUCGAAAGAAACGACCUGAUGACUUUAAGUUUGGGAAAAUUCUGGGUGAAGGAUCUUUUUCAACGGUUGUGUUGGCUCGGGAAUUGACAAGUUCUAGAGAAUAUGCCAUUAAAAUUCUAGAAAAGCGUCAUAUCAUAAAAGAAAACAAAGUGCCAUACGUGACACGAGAGAGAGAUGUGAUGUCCCGUCUGGAUCAUCCUUUUUUUGUGAAGCUCUACUUCACCUUUCAGGAUGAUGAAAAGCUGUAUUUUGGGCUUAGCUAUGCUAAAAAUGGUGAGCUAUUAAAGUAUAUACGCAAAAUUGGCUCAUUUGAUGAGACCUGUACCAGGUUUUAUACUGCUGAAAUUGUAUCAGCCCUGGAGUAUUUGCAUGGGAAAGGAAUUAUUCACAGGGACCUAAAGCCAGAGAACAUCUUACUAAAUGAAGAUAUGCACAUUCAAAUAACAGACUUUGGAACAGCAAAAGUAUUAUCUGCAGAUAGCAGACAAGCACGGGCAAAUUCAUUUGUAGGGACAGCACAGUAUGUUUCUCCAGAACUGCUGACAGAAAAAUCUGCUUGUAAAAGCUCUGACCUCUGGGCUCUGGGUUGUAUAAUAUAUCAGCUUGUAGCUGGAUUGCCUCCAUUCAGAGCUGGAAAUGAGUAUCUGAUAUUCCAGAAGAUAAUAAAAUUGGAAUAUGACUUUCCAGAAAAAUUUUUUCCCAAGGCAAAAGACCUUGUAGAAAAGCUAUUGGUUCUAGAUGCUACCAAAAGAUUAGGCUGUGAAGAAAUGGGAGGAUAUGGACCUCUUAAGGCUCACCCUUUCUUUGAAUCCAUCGUGUGGGAGAACUUACAUCUUCAAACACCCCCGAAACUUACAGCGUACUUACCUGCCAUGUCAGAGGAUGAUGAAGACUGUUAUGGAAAUUAUGACAAUCUCCUCAGUCAGUUUGGUUGUAUGCAAGUUUCUGGUUCUGCUUCUUCACAUUCACUGUCUGUCCCAGAGACAAGUACCCCACAGACAUCAGGAGGCAACAUUGAACAGUAUAUUCAUGAUCUUGACAAUAAUUCCUUUGAGUUGGACUUACAGUUUUCUGAAGAUGAGAAGAGAUUACUUCUGGCAAAACAAGCUGGUGGAAAUCCUUGGCAUCAGUUUGUAGAAAAUAACUUAAUCCUAAAAAUGGGCCCCGUGGACAAAAGGAAGGGAUUGUUUGCACGUCGGCGCCAAUUGCUCCUCACAGAAGGGCCCCACUUGUAUUACGUGGAUCCUGUCAACAAAGUUCUAAAAGGAGAAAUCCCCUGGUCUUUGGAGUUGCGGCCAGAAGCCAAGAAUUUUAAGACAUUUUUUGUUCACACACCAAACAGGACGUACUACCUGAUGGACCCGAGUGGGAAUGCUCAUAAAUGGUGCAAAAAGAUACAAGAAGUGUGGCGGCACAGAUACCACCAGAAUGCUGCUAAAUAGUAAAGCUCAUCCAAAAUCUCCCAGUUUCUCUUCUUGCUGCUAGAACUUGAUGUGCAGCUGAUCAGAGGAAUCUUUCCAACCCAUCUAUUACCAUCUCAAGGGGAAGCAUAUGUCUGAAAUGUUUUUAAAAAAGAAAAAAGGAAAAAAAAAAAAAAGGCAAAAACCGAAUGGAAUUCAGGGUCGCUUUGCUCGCUCUUUGUGCUUCUGUUGAGGCUUCCACAUGCGUAUCAUUGCAGUGAAGAUCUUGCUUUUGUGCACUUCAACUCAAUUUCUGCAGCAGACUAGUGGAUAGACAUUGCAUUACCAGCUACACUUAAGAUGAGUUAAAACCAAUCCACACGCACACACACCCUGAAUCAUGUACCAGCCUUGCGUUUUAUGGGGCUGGAGUUUUCUGUGACUUUCACAUUAUCAUUGAUCUGUAUUUCAUCAGGGAGCUUUUAUAUGCCUCUCCUAAGCACCACUUUUUUUUCUCCCCCUUUUCCUUUCCUCACAGUCCCUGAGCUUACUGGUGUAUGACAUUUUGUAGCCAGGUCAGUUGCACCCUUGUGUAAUUCCUAAUAUAGUUCUGGUUGCAGGAUUUACGUGGUACUUAAAUAAUUAUGUGAAUGAAUCAGAUGUAUGUAUCUGGCAGAUGGGCUCCAAUGAUAGAGAUUGUGAGAAUAAAAUGCUGAACAUGGCACUGAAAUUUUUUCUAAAAUUGAAAUGUUGGCUUCUGAAGCAUAUAAAGUUUUAAACGUUCAGUUUAAAUUUUAAUAUGAAUCGUGUGUUUAAUCAAGAGACAAACUUAGCAGCAUGCUUUUAACUAAUACUAACUAAAAAAUUAAAUAGUUAGUAUGGAGGAAAAAAACAACAUUACUAUUGAAGUAGUAAGUAGUUUUUCUCCUUUCCGGGAGAUGAGGGCUAGAAGCUUUCUUUGCAGGGUGUGCAUGUUUUGUGCAUUUUAGUGGGGCCAACCUAUUUACCUGGAUAGAGAAGAAAGUGUGAAAGCUUUGUACAAUUGAUUUGAUUUUUGUUUGUUUCAUUGCAUAAUGAAGUGUACAAACAGUCCUAUUUUCAGUCUUUGGCCAAAUAUUUAAGACCUUUUAAAAACUUUUAUUUUGCUCAGUUGUUUUCCAGAAAUUAGAUCCAUACUGUAAUCUGGUUUAAAAAUAACAAUGUUGAUGCAACGGGGAAAAAACAUAUGGUACUUGAGGCAUAUCUAUAAAAUGGGGUUUUUAUAUCAAUCUCCUUUUAUCCUUUUCAGUAAAAGGCUUCUUUGUGGUCAAACAUUUCCUGUAGUGUUACAAAGACUUAAUAUGCUAAAAACAACUUCCCUAAUGGUAUUUCCAGCGUCUGCGUUCCUGAACCUUGCAGAGGGAUGAUAGGGCUGAACAAAGGCAUUCCUUCCUUGUUUUGAAAGUGGUAUAAACAUCACACCUAUUUAUUCACCGUCUACACAUCCCAUCUUUGUGCAUAUUGAGGUCUCUAUGAUGUGUUUCCUUCUAUCAAAUAAAUAUUCCACUGCAAUGUUAAAAAGACAAAUGUGCUAUAGUGUUCUGAAAGGAAUGUUUUAAAAGCAGCGGCUUAUCAGACUCAGAAAAUACCUAAUUGAGAGGUUUUCUGUUAAGAGAGAUUAUUCAUCCUUUUUGAGGAAAGAAAAGAAAAAAGCCAACCAAAAAAUGAUGUUACAUGGUUGAAUUAGGUGACAGUUCAGUUCUUCCAGCAUCUUCAGCCUUUCCAAGGAGAGAGUGCAGUGCCCUUUUCCUUUGGAGGAGAUAUAUCCUUGUCUUCUGUUAGCCCACCGUGUAUGUGUGUGUGACAGAAGGAAAUCAGUAGCUUACAGUGCAUGGCAGCGAGGAAGCAAAGGUGUCCUGCAGAAAUGGCUGUGAUGAGAAAAACAGAACUGUUCCAUUUGCAUCGUAAGGAAUUUUGCCUCAUAAAGCACGCUCCUUGCUGCUGAAAUUUGAAUGGCACAGUAUACUUUCCAUCUGUGCCUGUGAUUAAUCCUUUAUUAGCUAUCUUAAGCAAGAUGCUGUUGUGAAUUUAGUCGUGCAGUCAUUCUGCAGCUGUCAAAUUCCAGCUAUGCCCUGGGUCCACUCGAGACAGCCCUAAAGCUUUGGGUUUAAGCAUACAGAUGUAGACUUCAAGCAAGCGAGUCUGGCAGUGAUGGAGCUUUAUUGUGUCACUUCUGUUCUUUGUGAUGAAGCUCAUACAAAAAGUCUGGCAAAGUUAUUCUGCUAAUUAAGCAAAAUCCAUAGCUUCAGUAAGAGCUAGAUUGGGGUUGCCCUUGGCCUUUUUACUUUAAAUGACUAGCUGGAAAUGUGGGAAUGCUUCAACAAGUGUUCUGUACUGAUCAGGCAUGCAGUCAUUUCGCUGUUUAAAAACUUAUCUUUUUCAUAGCUUGAAAAUCCUCUAUCAGUAUCCCUCAUUCCCGCCUACCAAAACCUUUCAGCCAAAGAAAUACUGUUAUCACUAAGCUGCAAAAUUAGGCUAUAAGAUGGCUGUCUGCAUUUUUGUGUCCCUGAUGGACAGCAUUGUCAUUAGGAAACUGCGCCUCUCCUGGGCGUCUAUCUCUACCCUUAGAACUUCAGUGUUCCAAAUCAAGUAUUUCUCAGCCUCUGCUUUUAAGUGAAACCUAUAGUUUUGAAAGAUAAAAGCAACCAUGGAGAUUGAAGUAUGCUUUACCAGUUUGUUCACUUGCAUAUGUGCUGGAAUGUGCUGCAUACAAUGAAGGGCCAGUUCCUGUUUUAGAUAUGUAUACUGAAGCAGGGCAGUUUCAAAUCUUGUCUCAAGGAUGGCUCUUGUGUUUCAUGGGAGUUCACAGAAUGAAAGGUGCGAGGGAGAUUGGCCAGAGCUGCAGAUAAGCCAGGUGAUUUCUCUGCUCUUUAUCCAAGGUCUUUCAGAGUACAGAGAUGGGUUGCUGGACACUUGAAGGCUUCAGAAUCCUUCUUACAAACCUACAGAAAACCUAGUUUUGCAUUUUGAAUAACGACCAUUUAUGAAGCUACUGGUUAAUAAUGUUUUAAUUUGUUUUGCUUGGGAUUUGAACUUCAGGGAUGUGUUCAUAGCCUCUUUUCUGUUGGGUGGAGCUUAAAGCUGAAGUACUACUUCUGGGAAGGAUUCCUGAGUUCCAUAAUUCUAUCCAGCUCCCGGCCCAACCGCACAAAGUUUGGCGUUGCUGUGAUAAACUAAGACAUGGCUUUGUUCCCAUUGCCUUAACGUCUGGUUUUGGAAAGGAUUUAUACUAUGGAAGACUUGCUUCACGUGUGACGUUGAGGCAUUGUGAACAGGCUGAUGUCAGUUAUUAAUAUUUAAUUUGCUAAGUGCUAAUGCUGAACACAUCAGUAUCAGGUAGGACUGUGGUCUGCUUAUUUUUUCCAGUCCGAUUUAUUUGUGAAGUAUCUGCUAUAGUUAAUCCUGGGGGGGAGGAGAAGCUCUGUAGGCUGAAUCAAAGGUGUGAUGAUUCUAAUCUGCUUCCUCAGGACAAGGUGCUUGCUUUAAUGUGCUUGAUACCAUUUUGGCCCCAAAAAAAUUGAUUUUAGCACUCUGUUGAGGAGGUGGCUUGUGUGGUGGUAGUUGCCUAAAGAUAUGGUGUGUGGAUUCUGAUCCUUUCUGCUAUAUGGAGUUAUGUGAAUAGGUGUGAUAUUUAUAUCUGAAGUUUUGCUGAAUGCCUGUAAUGCUUUAUGCAAACAUUAACGAAGUGGAAGGAAGCGCUCCUGCAGAGCUUCGUGACGCAAAUUGUCUGUGAGUUGAUGAGUGAGUUUACAAACUAAUAGCUCGCCGUUCCAGAUUGGCGUGCUUUCAGUUAAAGGUGGAUAAAGUCAGAAAUGUUUCCUCUUUAAGUUACUUUCAGACAGCAAAUAAUUGGAGAAGUGAUGAGCACCCAAGGACUCGGUCUGCCUGUUGGCAUGGCAGGGAAUGCAGGCGGCUGUGAUUUGACAAAGCUCCCAACGACCAUGUACUAACUGGAUGUGGCAGUUCUAAAUUGUGGCAGAACUUGUAAUUACUGUAUCUGACAAAAGAAUAGGAACCAGGAACCAUAAUCUGUCUGGAUAGUUGUACACUAAGCUGUUCUUCAGGUUGUUGACGGUCAGUUGUGUGUAAUAUUCUCUACCUGGUUUGUAGCUGUAACUGUGAUGUACAGAUAAAGGAAAAAAAACCAAGAACUCGCACAAAACAAUCCCCCGUCCCCCAAGAACUUACGAGAACAGAAGCAAAUAAUGCAAUGAUAUGAUACACACUUUUGUAUUUUUAUUCUUCUAAGGUUAUUUGCUGGCUUUUGUUGGCCUCUAGUUCAGUCUGUGUUAUUUAAAUUCUAAUAUAUGAAUUAUUUGGAUUGAAUUCAUGUUCGGGGCCAUGGUGUUGUAUGUAUUGAUGUACAGCCUGGAAUGUGAAUAAUUAUUGUAAACUAUAUUUUACACCUUUUUUUCUGGCUUUAUUAUAUAAAUUUUCUAUUGGUCGAUGAUUUAAUCAUAUCUCAUAAUUUAAUAACCGCUUAUACUCCUUUCGACAGAUCUCUGUGCUGUAGAUGUGUAGCUAGUGACCGGAUGAUGGAUUUCACUUAUGCUCGGUAGUCUGUAAUAAAGGCAUGUAGGGUCCUG